CCUCGUUCAUGAGAACAUCACAUACGUCAUCUUAAAUUGAUAUUAGUUGUUAAUUGAUAUGGUUGUGGCUUUGAGUUCCCACAAGAACAACACACUACUCAAUCUCUUUGCUUCAAUCCAAAACCCGAGUUUUUGUUUCUUGCAGGGAGUAAAAUUAAGAGAGAAACCAGAGAGCUUUUAUCUUAGCUUCAAGAAUCUACUAACCUCUUCGUAAGGAGAAUAGCUUAAUUGAUCAUUUGAUCCUCACUUGUUGUGGAGGUUGUGAGGAAUUAUGGGUGAACACUUUGUAUUGUUGGUGGAUAGGUUGCUCACCGAAUCCACAUUAGAGGCAAUCGAGAGCAGAAAUAGGUCGAUGCAGGCCACAUCCUCAGCAGUCGAAAUGCCGAAACUUGAUUACUCAAAUUGCCAGAAGAUUGAUUUCGAGGAUAUUGUGUUAUCUCCUAGAAAAUUAGUAGAAUGCAGAAUAUGUCAGGAUGAGGAUGAAGAUUCGAACAUGGAGACACCUUGUUCAUGUUGUGGCAGCUUAAAGUAUGCUCACCGCAGAUGUGUGCAGAGAUGGUGUAAUGAGAAAGGUGACACAUUGUGUGAGAUAUGCCACCAACAAUUCAAGCCUGGUUAUACAGCUCCUCCUCCACUGUUUCACUUCGGGCGCAUCCCUAUGAACUUCAGGGGGAACUGGGAAGUUUCAAGAAGGGGCAGUCCUCGUAUUAUAAUGGUUUCAACUGAUCGUGAGUUCCUGAAUCCUCGUGAAUAUGAUGAGUAUUCUGCUUCUACUGCAAGAAGCGUAUUAUGGUGUCGAUCAGUCGCUUUCAUUUUCAUGGUUCUGCUCGUUUUAAGGCAUACUCUUCCUCUAAUAAUUAGUGGAAACAAAGACUACACUUCCCCACUUAUUAUGCUAUUGGUUUUAAGAACUGUUGGUAUCGUUCUGCCAAUUUAUGUGAUGGUGAGGCUGGUGACUGCUAUUCAGCGACGCCGACACCAACAGGACCUUUCGAGUUCGUCCACAACUUCCUCCGACGAUGAAGAAACAGAACCUUCUUCAGUUCUGCAGCCUCAGGCUCAUAUCAUUCGAAUAGCAACAGAGAAUUAAAGAACCUCCUAAGCAAGAAUCUGGUCGUGGUGUUUCGACGAGGAGAAGAUGAAAAAGAAAGUUGGACAGCAAUGCUUAGCUGCUGUAAGAUGGUGGAAUUGUGAUUAUUAUCUCCUUUAUCAUUCAUAGAAAGAUAGAACACUAGUGUGAAAAGUAGAGCAACUGUCAGAACUGUGGACUCCAUUGUGGACUCCAUCAUCUGUACAGUUUGUAAAGAAAACCCUCUUGUAUAUAAUAUACAAAAGAUUAUACCGAUUACAAAUGAAGCACCA